AUGUCUUCUACGGCCCCACUUCCCUUAGGAGACUUUUCCAAGAUUCCCACGAUCCCUGGCGUGUCCCCCAUGACGGACUCACAGCAGAAAGAAUCGUUCUGGUCGUCGAACCCUAUUUUCAGCUACUUGAACAGCGUUUACAACAAUGUUCACGCUCACAGACAGUCUCUAGCGUUGGUCAACCCGGGCACAAUCGAAAACUUGAACAAAGAGGUGUCCAGAGACGUGCUGGUGGGCCAGUACUUUUUCACGGGUCUAAGAGCAGACCUCAACAAGGCGUUCUCCAUGAACCCUGCGUUCCAGACGUCGCACACACUGUCGUUGGGAUCCGCCAACUUGCCCAGCUAUGCGUUUUCCGCACUUUUUGCUAACGACAACAUGUUCAUCCAAGGAAACGUCGAUAACGAGCUCAGCGUGUCAGGUAGACUCAACUACGGCUGGGACAAAAACAACAUCUCGAAAGUGACUCUGCAGUUCUCGCAGGGCCAGCCAAGCAUGUGCCAGCUCGAACAGGACUACCAGGGCUCUGACUUCUCGCUGAACUUCAAGUCUUUGAACCCAUCGUUUUCUUCCAAAGGCGUUUUCUCCGGCGUUGCUGUCGGUUCCAUCCUACAGAGCAUCACCCCCCAAUUCUCCUUGGGUCUCGAGACCAUCUUUAGCAGGGGUCAAGCGGGCAUGCCGGCCGAUGCUGCCGUCUCAUACGUGACUCGUUACGUGUCUCCUAAGCAAGACUGGAUCUUCUCGGGUCAAUUGCAGGCCAACGGUGCCCUCGUCGCCUCUUUCUGGCGUAAGGUCGCCGAAAACGUUGAAGCAGGUCUUGAAACUAGUCUACAGGCGGGCAUGGCCCCAAUUGCCGACCCAGUUAUCGGCACCCCUAUUGGCAUUCAACCUACCAUUGAAGGUGCUACCACUUUGGGUUGCAAAUAUGAAUACAGACAAUCCGUUUUCCGUGGCUCUUUGGACUCCACCGGUAAGGUGAGCUGUUUCUUGGAAAGAAAGAUUCUACCAACCCUUUCCGUGCUCUUCUGCGGUGAAAUCGAUCAUUUCAAGCAAGAAAGUAAGCUUGGAUGCGGCUUGCAGUUUGAAACUGCCGGCAGUGAAGAACUGCUAAUGUUGCAGCAGGGUCUGGAUCCAAACGGUAACCCUUUGCAAGCCCCAGUUCAGGUUUAA